AUGCCUGUUUCCUCCAAUUAUCCCCCGGUCGACAUCCCCAACGUCGACCUCUGGUCUUUCCUGUUCGAACGAGAGGACCGGCCAUACCCUGAUGACAAGAUCCUCUACCAGGACGCCGAAACUAAACGUCAUUACACCUACAAGACCCUCAAGGAUGCCUCCCUGGAAUUCGGUAAAGGCCUCAAAGCCACCUAUGACUGGAAGAAAGGCGAUGUCCUUGCUCUCUUCACACCCAACUCAAUCGACACCCCAGUCCUGACCUGGGGAACCCUGUGGGCCGGCGGAGUCGUCUCCCCCGCAAACCCAGCCUACACAGCCGAGGAACUAGCCUUCCAACUAAAAAACUCCGGCGCAAAGGUCCUCGCGACCCAGCCCGCCGUCCUGUCUGUUGCUAAAGAAGCCGCGAAAAAGGCCGGGAUCCGUGAGGAUCACAUUAUCCUGCUUGGUGACCAGCGUGACCCGGAAGCCCGGUUUAAGCAUUUUACCUCGGUGCUUAAUAUCUCUCGUGCGACUCGGUAUCGCAAACAGAAGAUCUCGCCUGAGUCUGAUGUCGCGUUCUUGGUUUACUCUUCUGGUACCACUGGUGUUCCUAAGGGUGUUAUGCUGUCGCAUCGAAAUAUCGUUGCCAAUAUUAUGCAGCAGGUUGCCGGUGAAGGUGGUAAUUUGAGUUGGAAUGGUGGCCCGGAUGGCAAGGGAGAUCGUGUUCUGGCAUUUUUGCCAUUCUAUCACAUUUACGGAUUGACUUGCCUGAUCACUCAGGCUUUGUACAAGGGCUACCACCUGAUCGUCAUGUCAAAAUUCGACAUUGAGAGCUGGUGCGCACACGUUCAGAACUAUCGUGCCACAUUUAGUUAUAUCGUGCCCCCCGUAGUGCUGUUGCUGGGCAAGCACCCGGUGGUUGAAAAGUACGACCUUUCCAGCCUGCGCAUGAUGAACUCUGGCGCUGCACCACUUACCCAGGAGCUGGUGGAGAGUGUAUACUCGCGCAUCAAGGUUGGUAUUAAGCAGGGCUACGGACUCAGUGAGACCAGUCCUACUACUCAUUCGCAGCGAUGGGAGGACUGGCGCGAGCACAUUGGCUCUGUGGGUCGCUUGAUGCCGAAUAUGGAGGCGAAGUAUAUGACUAUGCCGGAGGAUGGCUCUGAAUCCAAAGAGGUUAAUGUCGGCGAGGUCGGCGAGCUUUACCUCCGUGGUCCGAAUGUCUUUAUGGGAUACCACAAGAACCCGGAUGCAACCAAGGAGUGUCUGUCCGCUGACGGCUGGUUCCGAACUGGUGACGUCGGCUACCAGGAUGCCAAGGGUAACUUCUUCAUCACUGAUCGAGUGAAGGAGCUUAUCAAGUACAAGGGCUUCCAGGUGCCUCCUGCUGAGUUGGAGGGACUCCUGGUGGACAACGAGGCGAUUGAUGAUGUGGCUGUGAUUGGUCUUGAGAGCGAAGCGCAUGGAUCCGAGGUUCCGAUGGCUUGCGUGGUUCGCAGUGCGAAGAGCAAGUCCUCUGGUUCUAGUGAGAAGGAUGAGGCUGCCAAGAUUGUUAAGUGGUUGGAUAGCAAGGUUGCUCACCACAAGCGUCUACGUGGUGGUGUGCGGUUCGUGGAUCAGAUUCCUAAGAACCCUAGUGGGAAGAUCCUUCGCCGCAUGCUGAAGCAGCAAUUCAAGGAUGAGUUGAAGGGCCCCAAGGCCAAACUUUAG